AUCGCACUGUCUGUCAAAGGGGAGUUUUUGUUGAAUUCCCUAAUAAAGCGGCGAUUACACGAAGCUCGCACUUCAUUCAACCGCCGGCUGCCGUUCUAGCGAAAAUAGCCUGCUACGACGUGGUACGUGGUGAACUGAUAGCGCAGCAAACAUGGCACAGAACGAGGAAAGACUGGACGUCAUCAUUUUUGGCGCAAGCGGCUUCACCGGCAAGUACACCAUCUACGAAGGCAUCAAGCUGCUCGAGGGGCUACGAUGGGGCGUAGCGGGUCGCAGUCGCGAGAAACUGCGCCAGACGGUGGCCGAGAUCGAAAAGAAAGCGGACAAGGACCUGUCGGAGGUGCCCAUCAUUACGGCCGACCUGAAGGAUGACGACUCGCUGAAGCAGAUGGCGGAACGGUGCAAGGUGCUGAUCAAUUGCUGCGGCCCGUACCGAUUCUACGGCGAACCGGUGGUGAAGGCGUGCAUCGAGGCCGGUACCCACCAUGUGGACGUCAGCGGUGAACCGCAGUACAUGGAGCGGAUGCAGCUGGAGUAUCACCAGCGGGCGCAGGAGCGCGGCGUGUACGUGGUGUCGGCCUGCGGGUUCGAUUCCAUCCCGGCCGAUCUCGGCACCGUGUUUCUGGAGCGCCAGUUUGAUGGGGUGGUCAACUCGGUCGAAACGUAUCUGCAGGUGACGUCGAAAAUUCCGCACGACGGUGGGGCGGUCCUGCACUACGGUACCUGGGAAUCGGCAAUUUACGGGCUGGCCCACGCCAACGAGCUGCGACCACUGCGGACGCAGCUGUACAAAACGCGGCUGCCCAACUUCCAGCCACGCCUUAAGGAUCGCAUGGUGGUGCAUAAGGCGAGCUUUCUGAACGGCUGGUGGGCGGUACCGUUCCCCGGUUCCGAUCGGUCGGUCGUGAUGCGCUCCCAGCGUCAUUUCUACGACACGGAAAAGAAGCGUCCGAUCCAAAUGAAGGCUUACGUUGCGUUUGAAUCAAUUGUGCAAGUUUUGGCGGUUGCGUUUGUAGCGAUCGUAUUUGCGAUCAUGUGCCGGUUCAAAUUCGGACGCCAGAUGCUGCUGAAGUUCCCAAAACUGUUCACCUUUGGAUACGCGUCGCACGAAGGUCCGACGGAAAAAUCGAUGGAAAACGCACAGUUUGCGAUCUACUUCCGCGGCGAAGGGUGGGAUAAGGAGGAGAAGCUGCUCGAACCCACCGACCAGUUCAAGAGCCCUCCGACGAAAAAGAUCGUCACGAAGGUGUCGGGCACCAAUCCGGGCUAUGGAGCGACCUGCGUUGCCCUGGUCCUGUCUGCUCUUACUAUUUUGCGUGAAAGUGAUAAAAUGCCCGGCACCGGUGGUGUUUAUCCUCCCGGCGCUGCCUAUGCUAAAACGAGCCUUAUCGAGCAGCUGUCUAAGAAUGGUUUCACAUUGGAAGUGAUCAAGCCCCCGAAGUAAUUGCAGUAAUAGGCAGCGGCGGGACGAUCGGAGGAAAAUUUACAUUACAGCGGUAUAAAUCCACUCUUGGUACGUGUCAAACUGUGGGAAGGUUGCAAAUGGUUAGUGGCGGUUGCGACAAAGUCGCCUAUAAUAUUUCACUGUCAUCGUUUAUUACUAAUACAUUUUUAAAGAGAUUAAUUUAAACACUUACA